CGCACCAUGUCCGACGCCGCCAAGUCCGCCUACGAGGCCACCGUGGCACGCCUCACGGCCAUCCGUGCGCACCUCGAGAGCGCGCCGCGCCGCGGCCGCCUCGCCGGCAAGGUCGCCGUCGUCACGGGCGCCGGCUCGCGCAGCGGCAUCGGCCGCGCCGCCGCCACGCUCUUUGCCCACGAGGGCGCGCGCCACGUCUACUGCCUCGACUUUGACGCCAGCAACUUCGAGGAGCUGGCACAGCUGCUCAACAAGCGCUACCCGGACGUCAAGGUCACGACGCACGAGUGCGACGCGGCCGACGAGAUGGCGAUCAAGGACAUCUGCCAGCGCGCGCUCAAGGAGGAGGGCCAGCUCGACGUCUUCUUCGCCAAUGCCGCCGUCGCGUCGGCGGCGCCCAUCGUCGCCACCGACGCCGAGGACGUCAUGGAGAUCUUCCGCAUCAACGUCUCGAGCUGCUUCCACGCCGUCAAGUACGCGUCGGCGGCGAUGAAGGUGACGUCGGCGCGCAAGCCGGCGCCCGGCGGCUCCAUCGUCCUCACGGCGAGCGUGGCGGGCCUGCGCUCGGGCGCCGGCUCGGCCGACUACUCGGCGAGCAAGGCGUCCGUCAUCUCGCUGGCACAGACGAGCGCGUGGCAGUUUGGCGGCACGGGCGUGCGCGUCAACGCCGUGUGCCCCGGGCUCAUCGAGACGGGCAUGACGCUGCCCGUGUUCGAGAGCGCAAAGGAGCGCGGCACGGCCGCCAAGAUCGGCCAGCUCAACCCCACGAAGCGCUACGGCGCCGCAGAGGAGAUCGCCAACGCCGUGCUCUUCCUCGCGUCCGACGAGGCGUCGUACGUCAAUGGCAUCGCCAUGCCCGUCGACGGCGGCCUCAGCGCGUCGCACCCCGUCAUGCCGGGCAAGCUCGCCUGAGCACACGUGCAGAGUACGCACAGAACAAGGCCGCACACCCCGCACACUCAUGUCUCUUGAUCCCCCGCGCCGAGGUCCCGUCUCCGCAUUGUCAUCGUCUUAUCCCAAGCGGCCGGUGCGAUGAUUAGCGGUGACAUUGCGUUGCCCUUCUUCUACGCUUCUUAUGCGCCUGCUUCCUCCUGCCGGAUGCGCUCCUCGGCGCGCCGGCGUGCCGUCUCGCG